GAAAAAGUGUUGCAGAAAAAAAUGCACAAGCAGCAGAGAUGACCAAUUCCUUGGUAACCGCCUUUUGAACCGAAUCAGUGACAUAAAUGAACUUUUCUGUGAUAUAUUUAACUGAGGAAUAUAUACGUGACAUUUUAUUGGAACUAGGCGAGAAACAUUGAGCUAAAGAGCUGGGAGUCUGGGCCCUGGCAGCUGCAUGGAGAAGGACCUCAGCGACUACAGUAUGAAGGCGGCGCCUAAAUUUCACAUUAAUACUACACUACCCACAGAUCCCCGCGUCGAGCCAUGUUAUAGGAAAUCCGCUUGCGGCAGAUUAUUGUAAUCCGACUGAGGGUCUGGACGACACAUCGGAUCACGAUAAAAAAAAACCCCAAAGCGCAGCGGCCUGUAACAGAUGCAGCUGGUCCGAGAAUAAAAGGAUAAAGUCGGGAUAUGAUCUGAGGCGCGGCGCCGUGUUGCUGGAGCCAGAGAUCGGUGCUGCUCCCCCGGGCCGCUUCAUCCGACACACACACGGUGACAGCGGCUCGGCUUUUCUGCACCGCAGAGCUCGGGAACUGCUACAGUUAGCUGGACAGAGACAUUAUCUCCGUCAGCGCCUUCCUCCUAUCCGCGUCGGGGUUGAGUCCUGCUCGGCCUGGAGGCUGACUGCGGCUGUCCUCUCUGCCGCUCCGAGACGCCCCGCUUCUAGCGCGGCUAGCCCAGCCCAGCUAGCCUGCUAGCUGGAGAGGAAUCUGUCAAGUUUGGUUCGGAUUCAGCUCCGUGUCCGCCCGCGGCCAGCAGGCAGCGAGGAUGUCGACCAAAGACCAAAACAAACUCUCUACCGUUGAACGGCCCAUCAAAGCGGUGCCAUAUCCUCCCGGUACACGCCUGUCGGUCAAAGACCUGUAUGCGGACGGGAAGCCCAGCCUGGAGCUGCUGAAGGCCCAUCUGGUGAAGGAGGGCCGGCUGGAGGAGGAAGCGGCCCUGCGGAUCAUCAACGAGGGAGCCAGCAUCCUGCGCAAGGAGAAAUGCAUGCUGGAAGUGGAGGCGCCCAUCACAGUGUGUGGGGACGUCCACGGCCAGUUCUUUGAUCUGAUGAAGCUUUUCGAGGUGGGCGGCUCACCCAGCAACACCCGCUAUCUGUUCCUCGGAGACUACGUGGACCGAGGAUACUUCAGUAUCGAGUGUGUGCUGUACCUGUGGGCUUUGAAGAUCAACUACCCCGACACGCUGUUCCUCCUCAGAGGGAACCACGAGUGCCGACAUCUCACAGAGUACUUCACCUUCAAGCAGGAGUGUAAGAUAAAGUACUCUGAGCAGGUGUAUGAUGCCUGCAUGGAGGCGUUCGACUGCCUGCCUCUGGCGGCGCUCCUCAACCAGCAGUUCCUCUGCGUUCAUGGAGGCCUGAGCCCUGAAAUCACCUGCCUGGACGACAUACGAAAGCUGGACCGCUUCAAGGAACCCCCUGCAUUCGGGCCCAUGUGUGACCUGCUGUGGUCAGACCCGGGGGAGGACUACGGCUCGGAAAAGACGCAGGAACACUUCUCCCACAACAGCGUACGAGGCUGCUCUUAUUUCUACAGUUACCCGGCGGUCUGCGACUUCCUGAUGAACAACAACCUGCUGUCUGUCAUACGGGCUCAUGAAGCUCAGGAUGCAGGGUAUCGAAUGUACAGGAAAAGUCAGACAACAGGCUUCCCGUCUUUAAUUACAAUUUUCUCCGCUCCCAACUACCUAGAUGUGUACAAUAAUAAAGCUGCGGUGCUGAAAUAUGAGAACAAUGUGAUGAAUAUCCGGCAGUUUAACUGCUCCCCCCACCCCUACUGGCUGCCCAACUUCAUGGACGUCUUCACCUGGUCCCUGCCCUUUGUUGGGGAGAAAGUGACGGAGAUGCUGGUGAACGUGCUGAACAUCUGCUCCGACGACGAGCUGAUGUCCGAAGGGGACGACACGUGUGAGGGUGGAGCUCCUGCUGCCAGGAAGGAGGUGAUCAGGAACAAGAUCCGCGCCAUUGGAAAGAUGGCGCGCGUCUUCUCUGUGCUCAGAGAGGAGAAUGAGAGCGUGCUGCAGCUGAAGGGACUGACUCCCACCGGGACGCUGCCGCUGGGCGUUCUGUCUGGAGGCCGGCGCACUCUGCAGAGCGCCACCGUAGAGGCAGAGGAGGCACGAGCCAUCCAAGGCUUCAACCCUCAGCAUAAGAUCCAGAGCUUUGAGGAGGCUCGGGGUCUGGACCUGAUCAACGAGCGGAUGCCCCCCCGCCGCGACAGCAAGCAGAACGAGGGCCCCCCGUCCUUCAACAACCUGCCGGCCGGCACCGGGCCCCCCGACAAGAACGGCACCAACGCUCAGGCCUAGCUCCCUCCGGCCUCUCUUCCUCUCCUCGUUUGUCCCUCCCUGCUUCCUGUCCCUGGGCCUCCAACCUGCUGGGGGGAGAGGAGGAGGGGGGCAGCGAGGCGGUCCAGUCUGAGUGCUUAUUUAUUUUCUCAUAGAGUAAAUAUCAUAGUAUGAGACUGAACCGAGGAAAUCUCAAAGCGACCAGGACUGGAUGCUUGCUGGUACUCCACACCACACCUCCGUGCCAGCCGUCUUUCUUUCUGUUUUUUUGUUUUGUUUUUUUUUACCAUUGGGGGAGGGGGGGUGCUGCUCAUUCAAAUGCUGUGUUUGUCCUCACACACACACACACACACACACACACACACCCGCCCGCACGCACACAUCCAUCGUUUUCUUAUGCCAACAAUAGUGUGACUGAGCUCUGUGGAGCAAGUAUUGACAUUUAUACUGUAUAUGGAUAUUUUAACUGUUCCUGCUUUUCAAUGUGACGGUUUUUCUUUUCGGUUUCUUUUGUACAGCACAGAGAUGUGGGAGCUAAAGGGUCAUUCCGCUACGUUCUGACUCAGAAAGACCUGCUGUGGUCUGCAGGAAGUCUGGCAGUGAGAUCUGAUUACUAAAACUCAUCAUUGGAAAUAAAUUGGUGUUUUUAUUUGUGGAAAAAGGAAACGGUGAAAUUGUGAUGAAAUGAAUAAAUCAUCACUUUUUGUCGUGACGACAUCGGGUCUUCCUGCAGUCCAUUCCACCUUCCAUCUCAUUUCUGAUUUCAAAAUAAAGGUGGAACUUUUUAAGGAUGUUGAUGGAAUUUGAGGUUUAAUAGGAGAGAAUUAUUCUAAAGAAGAACUUUUUAAACAUUAAACAUUUUAAAAAUGUAAUUUAAAGCUAUUAAAUAUUCAAGUGGGUUUACAAUCUUGUAAUAGCCAAAAAUGUCUUGAAAUUGACGUUAUACAGUAAAAAUGUCAAGGAAAAGCCUUUAAUAAAUUCAGGACAUUUCUAUAAAUCUUAUUUUAGGAAGCUGUAUAUUCAACCAGAUAGUAAAAAGUUUUAUUAAUCUCUGAGGCUGAAUAAUCUAACAGUAAACAGAACAAAACAACUUGAAUCCUAACAUGAGGAGUUCAGGGUUUCCUGUUAAAUGUCAUUUGCUCGUAUGUGGAUGAAAACCAAAGUUUUAAACCAAACCGAUCUGAAAACGACGAUCCGGUCCCAGUUGGUGUGAAGUGUAGCUGGACAGGCUGUGGAGGGAUUCUGGAGGGGGGGGGCUGGGGGGGUCUGAGCCACGCCUCACCUCUCUGAGCAUCUCACAGAUUGUUUCUUUUUUCUUUACAGAUAAAUUUAAAUUUUUUUUUGUUCAUGUACUGCAAGGCCUCUCAUUUAUGUAGACGUUUCACUCCAUUCAAUAAAAAAACUGAAAAAAUC